UGCCCAGAAGAAUCUUAUUCCUCUCCGCUCUCCGUUGAGAUAGCUAUGGCCAUGGCGUACAUGGGAGCUGAAGGGGAGACCGCUGACGAACUACGAACCGCUUUGAAACUACCGAUGGACAAAAAGCAGGUGGCCAGCAAGUACAGAAAACUCCUUAGCGAUCUCCAGGGGCGGGAGAAGGAUGUGAUUCUCGAUUUGGCUAACCGGAUAUACAUUAAUAACGAAUAUAGUCUGGUCCCCGAGUAUAAUGAAGUAUGAGAAACUCCUUUCAGGCCGAAGCUGUUCCGAUCAGUGUUAGCAAUGCAAAAAAUGCUGCUGACAUCGUAAACGAGUGGGUGUCGAAUCAGACACGUGGCAAGAUCAACGAGGUGGUACCCCUGCUGACAUGAGACCUGAUCUAAGGGCUUUGCUCCUGAAUGCCAUUUAUUCAAAGGUCAAUGGAAGUACAAAUUUAACAAAGAGUUAAGCGAACAAAAAGAUUUUAAAAUAUCCGACACGGAACGUAUACCUGUCACAAUGAUGACCAUGCGUGGUAC